AUGUCGCUCUCAGCUUUUCCCGUGCCCUCCUUUGACCGCCCUUUUGGCAUCUACCUGUUCGACCAUUUUGAUCAUUUGGUCUCAAAGCUCACUGGCGGCCGGUUUGUUCCUAGAGAGUUUGAUUUUGUCGCCGGAGAAACUUUCUUCUCCACGCCGGUCCCAGUCUUCGGUGCCAUUGUUCUCUACUACGUUGUCAUCUUUGGUGGUCAACAUAUCUUGAAGUCCAACAACGUCAGACCGCUCGUCCUCAACGGCCUGUUUCAGCUCCAUAAUUUACUCCUCACUGUAUUGUCCCUGACGCUCGUGACUCUGAUGGCCGAGCAGCUGAUUCCAAUGAUCCACAAGCACGGACUCUACUACGCCAUUUGCGAUCCAGGUGCAUGGACUCAGCAGAUGGUGGUUCUGUACUACCUCAACUACCUCACCAAGUUCACAGAGUUUGUUGACACCCUAUUCCUGGUGGUGAAGCAGAAAAGAUUGACGUUUUUGCACACCUACCACCACGGCGCCACCGCCCUCCUGUGCUACACACAGCUGAUUGGCCUGACCUCGAUAUCGUGGGUCCCAAUCACACUCAAUCUGUUUGUCCAUGUCGUCAUGUACUGGUACUACUUCCUCGCUGCCCGUGGUAUCCGGGUCUGGUGGAAAGAAUGGGUCACGCGUUUUCAGAUCAUCCAGUUCAUUUUAGACCUGUCCUUCAUCUAUUUCGCCACCUACCAGAAGCUUGUCCAUAAUCUUGCUCCAUCGCUGCCUCAUUGCGGCGACUGCGCCGGCACGCCUCUAGCCACCAUCAGUGGCUGUAUCAUCAUUUCGUCCUACCUUGUUCUCUUCAUCGCAUUCUAUAUCGAGGUUUACAAAAAGAGCUCCAAAAAAGCCAAAGUUGUCCGCAGAGUCAGAGGUGGUGUUGCUGCCAAGGUCAACGAGUACGUUUAUCUUGAUAAGCAAACUUUGCAGUCCAACUACGACUCCAACACCGGAUCGCCUUUGGCUGUUCCAAGACAACGCAACCUCAGAUCCACCAAAAAGAAGAUCUAA